AUGGAAGAUGAAAACCAUAAAAAUGGAACAGAUGGUCACAGUGGAGAAAGCCCAGAAAGCCCAUGUUUAAAGAGUUGCAGCAGCAGCAGCAACAAUCACAACAAUAGUAAGGAGCAGGAUCACUUCCUUCCUAUAGCAAAUGUUGGCAGAAUUAUGAAAAAGGAGAUUCCAGGCAAUGGGAAAAUCUCGAAAGAUGCGAAAGAAACAGUUCAAGAAUGCGUGUCCGAGUUCAUCAGCUUUGUUACUGGAGAAGCAUCUGAUAAAUGUCAAAGAGAGAAGAGAAAGACUAUUAAUGGUGAUGAUAUUAUUUGGGCCAUCACAACCCUAGGGUUUGAAGAGUACGUUGCUCCACUUAAGCUGUAUCUCAACAAAUAUAGAGAGAUCGAAGGAGAAAAGCUUAAUGUUCCAAAGCAGCAAAGAAUGGAACAACAAAGUUCUCAACAGCAUCAUCAACUAGAACAAGAACAAAAUAUGAUACCACCUUACACUAGUAUAUAUUCUUCCUCAGCUCUUAUGUCUCAGCCACCAUCUUUCAUGGUAGCUGAUCAUAAACCAUAUCCCUUGCCUUUCUCUCCUAAUUCCAUCCAAAAACAUUUGCAGCACCAAGACAAAGUCGAUCCUGUCGAGCAUUGGUAA